AUGGGCACUUUGCGGGAUCUCCAGUACGCGCUGCAGGAGAAGAUUGAGGAGCUGCGGCAGCGCGAUGCGCUCAUCGACGAGCUGGAGCUCGAGCUGGACCAGAAGGACGAACUGAUCCAGAAGCUGCAGAACGAGCUGGACAAGUACCGCUCGGUGAUCCGGCCCGCCACGCAGCAGGCGCAGCAGCAGCAGCAGGCGCAGCAGCAGCAGGCGCAGCAGCAGAGCGCCUUGCAGGGCGAGCAGCGCACCAAGCGGCAGGCGAUCUCCGCCGAGCCCACCGCCUUCGAUAUCCAGGACCUCAGCCACGUCACCCUGCCCUGCUACCCCAAGAGCCCGCAGUCUAAGGAACUAAUAAAGGAAGCAAUCCUUGACAACGACUUCAUGAAGAACCUGGAACUGUCACAGAUCCAGGAGAUUGUGGAUUGUAUGUAUCCCGUGGAGUACGGCAAAGACAGCUGCAUCAUCAAGGAAGGAGAUGUGGGCUCCCUGGUGUACGUCAUGGAAGAUGGGAAGGUUGAAGUGACAAAAGAAGGGGUGAAGCUCUGCACCAUGGGACCCGGCAAAGUAUUUGGGGAGUUGGCCAUCCUCUACAAYUGCACCCGGACAGCAACGGUCAAAACUCUCGUAAAUGUGAAACUUUGGGCUAUUGAUCGGCAAUGUUUUCAAACAAUAAUGAUGAGGACAGGCCUUAUCAAGCAUACUGAGUAUAUGGAAUUUUUAAAAAGUGUUCCCACAUUCCAGAGCCUUCCUGAAGAGAUACUUAGUAAGCUUGCAGAUGUCCUUGAAGAGACACACUAUGAAAGCGGAGAGUAUAUUAUAAGACAAGGUGCUCGAGGGGAUACCUUCUUCAUAAUCAGCAAAGGGAAGGUGAACGUUACUCGUGAGGACUCCCCCAGUGAAGAUCCGGUCUUUCUCCGCACCCUAGGCAAAGGAGAUUGGUUUGGAGAAAAAGCYCUUCAAGGGGAGGAUGUCAGAACAGCCAACGUCAUCGCGGCUGAAGCGGUAACUUGUCUCGUCAUAGACAGAGACUCCUUCAAACAUCUGAUUGGUGGUCUAGAUGAUGUUUCCAAUAAAGCCUAUGAAGAUGCUGAAGCGAAAGCGAAAUAUGAAGCCGAAGCUGCCUUCUUCGCCAACCUGAAACUGUCUGACUUCAACAUCAUUGACACCCUUGGAGUUGGAGGGUUCGGACGAGUUGAACUGGUGCAGUUGAAAAGUGAAGAAUCGAAAACUUUUGCCAUGAAGAUCUUGAAGAAGCGGCACAUAGUGGACACGAGGCAGCAGGAGCACAUACGGUCAGAGAAGCAGAUAAUGCAGAGUGCCCACUCGGACUUCAUCGUAAGGCUCUACAGGACRUUCAAGGACAGCAAAUAUUUGUACAUGCUGAUGGAAGCUUGUCUAGGGGGAGAGCUCUGGACAAUUCUCAGGGACAGAGGUUCGUUUGAAGAUUCAACAACCAGGUUUUAUACUGCGUGCGUGGUCGAAGCUUUUGCCUACUUGCAUUCCAAAGGAAUCAUCUAUAGGGACCUCAAGCCAGAAAACCUCAUUCUGGAUCAUCGAGGUUAUGCCAAGCUGGUCGAUUUUGGCUUUGCAAAGAAAAUAGGAUUUGGAAAGAAAACAUGGACUUUCUGUGGGACUCCYGAGUACGUAGCCCCAGAGAUCAUCCUGAACAAAGGUCACGACAUUUCAGCAGACUACUGGUCACUGGGAAUCUUAAUGUAUGAACUCCUGACUGGCAGUCCACCUUUCUCAGGCCCAGACCCCAUGAAGACCUACAAUAUCAUAUUAAGGGGAAUUGACAUGAUUGAAUUUCCAAAGAAGAUUGCCAAAAAUGCUGCUAACUUAAUUAAAAAACUAUGCAGGGACAAUCCAUCAGAAAGAUUAGGGAACUUGAAAAAUGGAGUAAAAGACAUCCAAAAGCACAAAUGGUUUGAAGGCUUUAACUGGGAAGGGUUGCGAAAAGGGACACUGACACCUCCUAUAAUACCCAGUGUUGCAUCUCCGACGGACACAAGCAAUUUCGACAGCUUCCCUGAGGACAACGACGAACCGCCCCCUGACGACAACUCAGGAUGGGACAUAGAUUUUUAAUGUAUUUCUUUUACCUGCUUCUGCCUUGCUGAAGACAGCUUCCUGGGACGUGGCUGCCAGCAGAACUGAAAGAGUUGGGGAGGAUUAGUGCUCGGGGUCACCAUGAUGCCUUGAUUGAUGCUGCUACAGUAACUACAGUGGCAUUAGGACUUCUCGCUUAGAUGACAAUAGUGCUCUUCAUGUUUUCUGUUCAAACUUAAAAUAGCAGUUGACAUGUGGUGGUCCUGACGCAAAGCCUUUCACCGGUAAAGAGAUACGUUUUCUAUCACCGCGACGUUCUUGCGACGCUCUAAUUAUCCAAGUUGAAAGACAGCGUAGCGUAAGAUGCAAUUCUAGCUGCGAGGCACUGGCUUUUAUCGGUAGGAUCAAUAGUAAUUUAUUAAGUGCUGCCGCUAAGCGCAGUACAGGAUCAGGGCUCCUCCCGCACGUCAAGCUCUGUAGGUCUUCUACUGUAGGCCAGUGAAGAAACAAGGGUGGACCACAAAAAAAAAAAAAAAAAAACCCACAUCGGUCCAAGAGUUGGUGUCAAAGCAGUUGUAAGAUUUGUCCUUUUUCUUUGUGAGCAGUAUUCAUGAUGGGACUGAAUGUUACCGUUCCUCUUUCUUUUGGAAUUUUUUUUUUUUAUUAUGAUUUAACCUGACGUAAUAAAAGCACAACUGCUCUAGAUGCUGUUAAGAACUGUUAGAGCAGAUAUUGGUUGCUUCUCACCUUCAACAGAGAACAGAGUGUAACAACACAAGGGAUGUUAUUCUUUCUUUCUGGUACAGAUACCUAACUGCAUGACAAAAAAAUAAUCAUGAAAYUAUUCAUUUUACAUAUAAAAUAGCACUUAAAUAACAGAUGUAAAAGUGACAGCAGCCAAUUGGUCUUAUGGAUCGGUUCUUUGGCUUGAAAAUAAGCUUGACUUUCAUCCAAAGGGAGAUUUUAAGAUCYGUAAUGUACUUUACAGGUGCUACGUACAUCCUUCAUCUGCUAAUAUAGGUACUGAGUCCACAACCAUUUCAGAAAUAUGUAGCAAGAGGCAUCGCUUUCCAUUGAGCUCUGAGAAAACAUUGUCUGCAUUUUGACAUCUCCUCCAUGUUUAUUUCGCAGGCAAAAACACAUGGUGCAGGGCCAGGAUGGUCAUUCUGUCUGGAAGAUUGCACCUCAAAGUGCAGUCUUAAUGCCACUCCAGAGACACCCACAGAAAAUUGGGUCGCAUUAAAGGGAGAUCUUGCACUGGACUCACAAGACCAACUUGUGCUAGUCACAGCAGGUCAUCUCCUUGCUAGGACUGGCAGUUCUCCUGCACGUCCUGGUGACUCUUUGGAAUUGUUGGCUUUUAUGGUACAUGUACGUCCACCUCCAUGUGUCAUUUCAUUGCAGGAGUAUUUCCCCAAAGGCCAAGAGUCUUUGCCUUGACCUUGAUCCCUUGAGUUGGAGCUUCACCUCCAAAAGGAGUAAACACUUAAAAUAUAUAUWUUUUUUAACUCUCAUGCUAAUUCCCAACACUUCUCCACUUUCCCAAUGCAGGUGACUUGGGGAGUCUGAGCAGAGCUUACUCAAAAGACAUUUUCUCCACUCCUAUGACAGUCUCAACAGUAUCUAAAGCUGGCCGAAGAGCUCGGUUAAUGCAGGCCCCUUCCUUAAAACCAGCCUGUUUCAC